AUGCCUGGCCCUCGGAACAUGAAGAAGAAGAAACAAGUGGAGUCGAAGAAAGCCAAGCGCAACAAACCACUCCCCGACAAGCCGACGUUGGAGACAGACGCUUGCGAUGUUCGCUCGCAUCCACCAGCUUCUCACCAUUCACAUCAUGCCUCCGAAACCAGUGUACCAGAUACCAUCUCGAAUCAAGUUUCCGAGCUGCAGAUAUGGAGCCAGCCGCCAUCUGACAGCCCCGACGAUCACGUUAGACGCACCACACCCUACACCUAUGAUAUGACCUACGAAGACGCUCAUCUUGAUGCGGAUAUCCCACCAAUAUUUACGAAGAAGCCGUUCAUUCAUGACCCCGGUAACGGACCACGCGUACGGGAUACGCGAGCUUUUCUUGCAUCGACUUUCGCUUCUCCGCCCUCGCUGGAAGAUCCUCUGUGUGCCGAGUUCGCACAGGACGAGAUGCUGGAGAUGUUGUCACUGAUACUCCCAGAGGAGACUGCAUUGGUGCUGUGGUACAAUAAGAGCCGCAAGACCGCUCGAGUAUGUCCUGCCUGCCAGCGACUGUAUCGGCUAGGGGAUGUUCUUCCCAAACACCUCAACGAAGAGGCACUCACACAGUCUGCCGAGCACAUGCGGGAGCAUCUCUACCGCGAGCAGGCUAUCAGCGGGCUCUGCUCCUCCGUCUGCUUCAUGCUCGCUGCAUUAAACUACCCCGGCGCUAUUAGCUCCACGUGGGGACGGAUGGCGGAGGAACUGGGCGAUGCGACGUGGGACCUGCUGGACGGGCCUGGCACGAACGCCGUCCAAAACGAUCGGGGGCUCAGUCUGCUGCUGAAGAUGACACGCUGUGCGGAUCUCGGGCUGGGAGAACUGCUCUUUCCGGAGGAUGAUGUUGACGACCUAUUGGAUGGGGAGGGCAGUCAUACGAAGGUGGUAGAGGAUCGGACAUGGACUACGCCGACGUUUCGCGAUGCAGAUGGGGUGGAAUUAGCAGAACAGAUGGGAGGCCUCCGAUUGCGUGCUGGGAGCUGA